AUGGGUUUUUGCAACUUUGCAGGAGUUGCACGGUCCCUCGUGUUCGCUUUUAUCCUGCACUCUGCUCUCUGCACAACCACAAAGUAUUUCACCUAUGAGGAGGAUGCACCGGGGACGGAGAUAGGCAACUUGUCCCGGGAUUUAAAGAUCGAUCCAGCCGAUGACCCCGACACGUCGUUCCGCUUCAUGCAGGAGAGCAACUCCUCCGUUAUCCAGAUGAGGGAGAUCGACGGACUCCUGAGUGUCUCAGAGACGAUCGACCGGGAGCAGCUCUGCCCCAGGUCCCCGCGCUGCUUCAUCUCCUUCGACAUCGUGGCCUUGUCCAGAGAAAAGUUCCAGCUCAUCCACGUCGAGAUCGAGGUGCGGGACAUCAACGACCACGCUCCGCACUUUGCGCGCAACGAGACGCAGCUGGACAUCGUGGAGAACGUCCCGCUGGACUCCCGGUUCCCCCUGCAGGUCGCCGUGGACCAGGACGUGGGUGAGAACUACAUCCAGAGCUACAACAUCUCCCCCUCCGCUCACUUCGCUGUGGAGGUGCGCGUCCGGGAGGAUGGAGUGAAGUGCGCCGAGCUGGUGCUGGUGCGGGAGCUCGACCGGGAGGUGGAGGACUCCUACACCGUCCAUGUCACCGCGUCCGACGGAGGCGCUCCCGCAAAGUCCGGCUCCAUGACGGUGCGUAUCAGAGUGCUGGACUUCAACGACAACAGCCCGACGUUCGAGCACAGCUCUCUGAAAGUGGAGCUGAACGAGGACGCGCCGGUGGGUCACCGGGUCAUCCGGGUGCACGCGUUUGACCCCGACGACGGUGCCAACGGAGAGGUGACGUACGCGUUCGCGGACGACUCGGCCCCGGAGGCGGCGCGACUCUUCCACGUCGACCCGUACUCCGGGGACGUGACCUUGAAGGCGCUGGUGGACUUCGAGAAGCGGAGGUCGUACGAGCUGAACAUCCGAGCAGCGGACCUGGGCUCGAACCCGGUGCCGUCCAGCUGCCGGGUGCUCAUCGACAUCGUGGACGUGAACGACAACGCGCCCGAGAUCCGCAUCAAACCCAUGACCUCCAGCAGCGAUGGGGUCGCGUACAUCACCGAGGCUGCGGCCGAGGAGAGCUUCGUGGCGCUGAUCAGCACCUCGGACAGCGACUCGGGCUCCAACGGGUACGUGCGCGUCAGCCUCCUCGGGCACGAGCAUUUCACCCUGCAGCAGGCGUACGGAGACACCUUCAUGAUUGUCACCACCACCACGUUGGACAGAGAGAGGAUCCAAGAGUACAACUUGACCGUGGUGGCGGAGGACCUGGGCAGUCCGCCUUUCAAAACGGUCAGACAGUACACCAUCCGAGUGACGGACGAGAACGACAACCGCCCUCUCUUCAGUAAGACACUUUACGAAGUUUCAGUCCUGGAGAAUAACAUUCCAGGUUCCUACGUGACCACCGUUGUGGCCAGAGAUCCUGACGUGGGGAAAAACGCCAAAGUCUCCUACAAGCUCUUAGACUCCGAGGUGUCAGGAUCCCCAGUGUCCACCUAUGUUUCCGUGGACUCCCUCUCAGGCUCACUGUUCACCUUGAGGUCUUUUGAUUAUGAGGCUCUUCAGCAGAUUGAGCUGGUGAUCCAGGCGGAGGACAGAGGCUCUACCCCUCUCUCCAGCACGUCAACAAUCCGGAUCAGAGUAGUGGACCAGAACGACAACUACCCGUUCUUCACCUUCCCCGUGCUCCUCAACGACUCCGCCGACGUCCCGCUGCCUUUCAACGCCCCGGCCGGCUACCUCGCCCUCCGCCUCUCGGCCGAGGACGAGGACGAGGGAGUGAACGGCGAGCUCUCCUACCACAUCGUGCAAGGCGACCCACACGUUUUCACAAUGAACAAACACACCGGGGAGAUCGCUUUGAAACAGUGGCUGACGUCCGAAAUCGGAGACGUGCUGGAGAUCAAAAUCGCAGUGAGUGACAACGGCAGGUCCCCACUUUCCAGCGGCGCCACCAUUAGGUUCGUGGUCACCGACACGGAGCCCAGUGACGAACAGGUGGUCGUUGUGAUGCAGUCGAGCGAUGAGGAAGGCUCCGGCCUGGAUGGCUCGCUCAUAGUCAUUAUCAUGCUCAGCGGGGGUUGUGCACUGUUGCUGAUUGCUAUAGUUGUCGUGGUUGUCACGUGCAAGCUCAGCCGCGGGCGGAGAAGCCGCGGCACCAAGAGAGAAGUGUGUCACAGCCUGUUUGACAGCAGGCCGAUACCCAACCUCGGUCCCACACAACCAAACAUCUACACGGGUCAGAGAGGCUUCUUCCACGAGAGGACGCCCUCCUCUCUGGAUGACUCCUGCCUGUACGAGGAGAGGAGCGGGGACUCGGAGACAAAGAUGUUCCUGCCCUCCAAGCAUUUCCAACCAACAUCUGUGUGGCAAGGUGACAAGUACUGCCUGCAAGUGAGUGGCAUCGGACACACGGACCAGCUGAGCGUGAAGGACAGUGGCAAAGGGGACAGUGACUUCAAUGACAGUGACUCUGAUAUCAGUGGCGACGGAGGCAAAAAGAACUUCAGCACCUUCCAGCCGAGACUCAAAGGUUCAUCCAGCGCUGCUCACAGUUUAGCAGGGGAUUGCCAAGGCAACUACUGUUCAAUACCAUCACAGAGCUUCAGAACCCCCAGAGACAAUGCGUACACAAUCGGCUUUGCCCCAGUGCCGGUGUUCAACAAUCUUCAAGGCUUUCCCCACCCCUGGAAAGACUGCGGAUACGGCACGAAUCUGCCAAAAUCAAGGAGCGGCAUGCAGAACUUCUCCAGGGCCGGGACCCUCCCCUCCUACUUCCCUCAGCAGCAGCACGACACCAGUGUGGAAGGUCCUGAAAUCCACACGCAGGGUCCAACAUUUGUAACUGUGGCUACGGGAUCACAAGUUGCAACCAUCUUCUAA